CUGUGACUUCAAUCUUUUCCCGUGCAUGUCCUCUCGUUAAAACAAAAAUCGUUGACAUUAUUUGCGUUUUUAUGGAUAAAAAAUUGUUUUAUGGUAUAAAAAAACUAAAGAGUACCAGAAAAGAGAUUAAUUAAAUUUGCGGUUAUAAACUAUUCUGAGUGUUUGUGGAUUUAGCUUUAAGGUGUACAAAAACAAUAUGAGUGAAGCAACUGUGGAAUCGGCUUAUGUUCCUUAUACGGCUACUUUUCAGUAUGCAGAGUACAAUUUUGAAAAUUCUGCCUUAGAAUUGGCCAGAUCCCAAUGGCCGAACUAUGACGAUCAACAUUACCUUCGAGGAUGCAAAUGGUCUCCCGAUGGUACCUGUUUACUUACUAUUGUUCGAGGAGCUGGCAUGCAUGUUAUGGAACUGCCUGCAGAUCUAUACACUGGUGAAAGCGUUAUGACGAGCAGACCCAUAGUUCCCUUGCAGCCAGCCGUUAGUGUUCCAGAAUCUGGACUGAUCUACGACUACUGUUGGUAUCCAGGAAUGAACAGUGGCAAUCCUGCUACUUGUUGUUGGCUCUCUAGUGGGCACGGGGGCCCGAUACACUUAUGGGACGCCUUCAGUGGGGACUUGCGUUGCACUUACAGAGGCUACAACAACGUGGAUGAAGUGGAGGCCGCUAUGAGUGUAACUUUUUCAGCAGACGGUCAGAGUAUAUUUUGUGGCUAUAAGAAGAAUGUUAAAAUUUUUAGAACUGGUCGGCCCGGUAGAGAAUACGUUGAGUACCCGACGUCACAUCAGGCUUCUUGUUUAGUCACCAGCCAAGCCCAGCCUGGCGUCGUGGCUAUAGGUACGUGGAAGAACACAAUCGAACUAGUCUCCCAAAGCGACGGCACCUUCCGUCACCUCUGCAAACUCAGCGGUCACAAGGGUGGCAUCACCUCCAUGGCCUUCUCACUUGACGGAUUCCGUCUGUACAGCGGUGCCCGAAAAGACAAGGAGAUAAUCUGCUGGGAUCUGCGAGUACCGGGCAGGCCCAUGUUCUGCGUCCCUAGAGAGGUUAACACGAACCAAAAGAUCAGUAUAGAUCUGUCCGUGGACGGAAAGUGGUUGGUGUCUGGCGGGACCGAUGGUAAAGUACAAGUGUGGAAUGUCACAGAACAGACCUAUCCGUCUGUACACAUGCAGAUGUCCUUGCACAGCGAUUGCUGUAACGGGGUGAGCUUACACCCUUACCGGCCGAUACUGGCGACGGCUUCAGGCCAGCAUCACGCCAUGGAUCCCCUCCAUCAUUCUCGGCAUUCCGUUCAAUACGAAAACGCACUGUGCAUGUGGUGGAUCGGGCAGCAGCAGGAAGAUCCGGAUUUGCUCGCUACCAUUAUCAAAGCUGCUACCAACUCCUAAGACUCUCGCUUACGCACAUCUAGGCAUAUUCAGUUUUUAGAACUCCAUUUGUAAUAUGUAUUUGUAUUUAUAGUGUUACAUUACAAAUAAAGUAUUUUUUAACAAAA